ACCGCCGCCUGCCUGCGCUGGGCGCCAGCCGCGGCUCGGGCCUGAACAAGAGCCGACGGCGGGCGAGCGGGCGGGCGGGCGUGAGCUGCAGCCUGAGCGCCGGCCAGGGGCAGAGCCGGUGGACCCCGCAGCCUUGCCCCUUCUUCCGCGCCCGCGUCCUCGGACAUGGUGGCCCCCGGCUCCGUGACCAGCCGGCUGGGCUCGGUGUUCCCCUUCCUGCUGGUGCUGGUGGACCUGCAGUACGAAGGUGCUGAAUGUGGAAUAAAUGCAGAUGUUGAGAAACAUCUUGAAUUGGGCAAGAAGUUACUUGCAGCUGGACAGCUGGCCGAUGCUUUAUCUCAGUUCCACGCUGCAGUAGAUGGUGACCCUGAAAAUUACAUCGCUUACUAUCGGAGAGCUACUGUCUUUUUAGCUAUGGGCAAAUCAAAAGCAGCACUUCCCGAUCUAACCAAAGUGAUUGAACUGAAGAUGGAUUUCACGGCAGCAAGAUUACAGCGAGGCCACUUAUUACUCAAACAAGGGAAACUUGAUGAAGCAGAAGAUGAUUUUAAAAAAGUGCUCAAAUCUAAUCCAAGUGAAAACGAAGAGAAGGAAGCCCGGUCCCAACUCCUCAAAGCUGAUGAAAUGCAGCAUUUGCGUUCCCAAGCUCUGGCUGCUUUCGAAAGUGCCGAUUAUUCUGCUGCUAUAACCUUCCUUGAUAAGAUUUUAGAGGUUUGUGUUUGGGAUGCAGAAAUACGGGAACUUCGAGCUGAAUGUUUUAUAAGAGAAAACGAACCUCGGAAAGCAAUAAGUGACUUAAAAGCCGCAUCAAAACUAAAGAAUGAUAACACGGAGGCCUUUUAUAAGAUCAGCACACUGUACUACCAACUCGGGGACCACGAGCUGUCUCUCAGUGAAGUUCGUGAAUGUCUCAAACUCGACCAGGAUCACAAAAGGUGUUUUGCACACUAUAAACAAGUUAAGAAACUUAACAAGCUAAUUGAAUCGGCGGAAGAGCUCAUUCGAGAUGGCAGAUACACUGAUGCGACCAGCAAAUACGAGUCUGUCAUGAAAACAGAGCCGAGUGUCUUGGAAUACACAGUUCGUUCCAAGGAAAGGAUCUGCCACUGCUUCUCUAAGGACGAGAAGCCCGUGGAAGCUAUUCGAGUGUGCUCGGAGGUCUUGCAGAUGGAGCCCAACAACGUGAAUGUUCUGAAAGACCGCGCAGAGGCCUACCUAAUCGAGGAGAUGUACGACGAAGCUAUUCAGGAUUACGAAACCGCUCAGGAACACAACGAGAAUGACCAGCAGAUUCGGGAAGGUCUAGAAAAAGCCCAGAGACUACUGAAACAGUCACAGAAGCGAGAUUAUUAUAAAAUCUUGGGAGUGAAAAGAAACGCCAAAAAGCAAGAAAUCAUUAAGGCUUACCGCAAGUUAGCUCUGCAGUGGCACCCGGAUAACUUCCAGAACGAAGAGGAGAAGAAGAAGGCGGAGAAAAAGUUUAUUGACAUAGCAGCCGCGAAGGAAGUGCUCUCGGACCCAGAAAUGCGGAAGAAGUUUGACGAUGGGGAAGACCCCCUGGACGCAGAGAGCCAGCAGGGCGGCGGUGGUGGCAACCCUUUCCACAGGAGCUGGAACUCAUGGCAGGGGUUCAACCCCUUCGGCUCAGGCGGACCGUUUCGAUUCAAAUUCCACUUCAAUUAAACCAACCGUUCUUCUUCUGCACUUCCCCACGAGUUUUUAAAAGAUUAAACACAAACCAACCUUGUGUUCCAGGAUCCUAAGCGAAAACGUUUUCCAGUCAUUCAGUUUUUGUCCAUGACCAAAGAGUUGUUUUUGACAGGAGCCAUCUCUGGCCCUCUGUGGGGUCAGCAGGGGGCCGGCGGGCUGGUGAGGGGCCCGAGGCGGGCUCCUCCUGGCAGUGCUCAGCUCUCUCCCUGCCUCCCCACCUCCCCGCCAGGUGUGUCUGUGCUCGCUGGGCCCUUGGGAAGGGGCGGCCCCGCCUCCUGCCAAGACCCGUUGGGUGAUGGAACCGCCUCGGACACGCACGGCACACGCAGGUCACAGAGCUGGUGGACGGAGUCCAUCUGCUGGGAGACCCGCUCCCCAGGGGGCUGCUGAGGGCAGCAGGUCUGGGCUUCGGGUGACGCCGUGUUCAUCCGCUUGAAAGUUUCCAAGUUUGAUUUUGGUGCCGGCCAAAGAUGACGGAAGACCACUGCGAUAUAAUUAUGACCCCCCGCCCCCACCCACCCCGGCCCUUCAGUUUAAUGUGAACACAGUAAAUCGGAUCUAUAUUAAAAUACUAUGCAGUGGUAUUUAAACUUACCGUUGCAGUGCAGAACUGAAAUACUUUUUUAACUGGAGUCAGUUGAACACAAUUUCCUGUAACAGGAUUGGCUCAGAAUGUCUAGUUCCUCAGUCGGCAGAAUCCCGCUCCCCUUUCUCACCACCAGGCGAGGCAGCCUCUCCCUCGCCCCAGGGGACGUCUAGGGGCGUCUAGGGCACCCCACCCCCCCACCCCCGCCCCACCCCGCCGGACCUGCCUCUUUUCAGACCUCGAUGCCUCGAGAUGUUCUUGUGCAGAGAGAAAAAAAAAACCAGGUUUACAAAGCAGCCAGCUCGGCCUGCACUUCAGCUCUGGAUCGCAUCUCUUCCUAAGACACCUUCUCUUAAGAAACGCACUAUUCAAGUCUUUGUAAACUGUGUAAUUUUUCCCCUUUAAAAAAAAAGUGUUACUUUAGUCAAGAACAUUAAAUAUUUAUGGUACUAUUGAUGCUGCGUUUAGAUUCUAAGAAUUCCUUUAGAUAAGAAUCAUGACACCUUUCUUCUGAAAAGUUUUUUUUUUUCCUUUGCCUCAGCAUUCUAAGUAGUCUGGAUCUAAUUUAUUGUUCGUAUGAAAUGGAGCAUUUUGAUUUUUGGUCGCGGGAGGCAUUUGCUGGCCCCCCGUGUCCACAACAGCCAAGCACAAAUCCUCUUCUCCUUUCGGUCGUCCUGGAAGCUACGUAGCAGAAAUUCCUACGUGAGAAAGAAAACUCCGGCCAGUUCCUGAUUGACAGCGGCGCUUGCUGUGUCUCUCUCAUCGACACACGUCAAGCUGCGUCAGGCAAGACCCUGGGCCAGCCUGCACUUGGUCUCACGCCUCAGACAUCCGAGCCACUACGGAAAACCCUUUCCCAGGGACAUCACCGACUCUUUCCCCCCCAGUCAUCACUUUGUCAGCAGCUGCAGCUCCUCGUUCCAGGCAGUUCUUCCACAGAGGGUGUCCCUGAGCGCGCUGAAGGAGUCUGCAGUUGUCAGGAGACACCGAGGAGGCAGCCAGCUGGUCUGCCCACGACUAGCGGGCCAGAGGGAAUGGGGAUGGCAACUCCCACCUGUGUCCCCCACCGCUGUGGCCCACAGGGGCCCCCAUCGCUCUAUCUCUGAGUCUCAGGCGGUUCUUCUCAGUGACUGUCACCGCAUUGCGCAGACCUGCCUGCCUUCAGGGAUGAGAAGGAAGCCGUGGUGUCCAGUGCCCGCCAUCUCCCGCCGUCCAUUCUGCCCACAGGAGAACUCAAAGGGCUACGGAGCCCUCCCAGGGCCCCGCCGGAAGGAAAGCACAGUGGCUGAGGGGCUGGGGGGCUCUGGGGGGGCUCUCGGGAGAGUCAUCUGGGUGUGCCGGCCCCGCCUCAGAUGCCUCCCUGCCUUUGAGGGGAACUCCUGGGCCUACGGCUUGAGGUUUUCCACACCAGCAAGUAUUAAGCACAUGACAGGGGCCCGUAAACAUGGGGAAGCUGUCGCCAGGGAACCUGGAGCCGUGGGCUGCCCCGUCCCCUGGGAAAACAAACUGGCAAACCACGUCGGCGGUAGAGGAAUACGAAUUGGGACUAGCGAUCCUCAGCAGUAGGCGCCUUUCCCUUGAGUCAGUAUUCGGAACUCCAUAGCAGUAUCCAACAGGACUUUGGGGGACUCUUGUUGAGGGGAUGGAAGGAGAGAAGGAACUACCCACAGUUCUUGGAAGCACUGUGAUUUGAAAGUGGUUUUAAGAGCAGAAGAGGCAAUGGGAGUCACCGUUUGACGGGAAUCCCAUUUUCCAUUCGUGGGGACGGCGAAUGAUGUUCUGUUAACGUGUGAUGUGGCUCAGCAGGUUGGAGUGGCGUCUGCCUGGCUCCGGUGGGCACCCACGAGGGCAACCAUCUGUACUCGUAAGGGUGGGAGGAAGGCCCCUGGCACCAAGGGACACCAAGGGACAGGGUAUUCAGAACCAAGCGUUUCCUUGAAGGAGCGGGCUUACUCUGUAAUUGCAAAUGUUAAUCAGUGGGGAUAGUUUUGUUUUUUUUUUAUUAUUUUAAAUGAUCUCAUUUGCUGAAUGAUUCAAGAAUAAAACUGGCCACUGCGUGGCUCUGUGUACAGUAACAGGGUUUGCUGCUGUGGCCUGUGGCUGACCCUCUUACCUGCGGUGACAGCUGCCCUCGGAGGUGAGCCCAGAGACGGAGGGGGUAGCCGUGGGUCUCCGCCCCAAAUGAGUGAGCCAUUCCUGCCCGGCUCACUGGCGUAGUCAAGGAUCUGAACGUGAGAGGGGUCUCAGGCACGUUUGCAGAUAUGGGUACUAUUUUUAUGCCCAUGUAUUUUCACAUUUAAUAAAAAUAUUUAUGAUCAAAUCAGCA